AUGAGCAUGUUUCUUAAUAUACUUAUUUUUAUUGAUGCAGCAAGUGUUGCCUUUUUGUUAAUAACAUUUCUUAUGAUCAAUAUAAAUGAAGAAAGCUUAGAAUUAAGUCAAGAACAUAGAGAAAAUGGAAAAAAAGCAUUGGUUGUAGCCAUAAUAUUGUAUGUUAUUUUCCUUGUUUUAUUAUUUAUUUACAAAGCUUAUAAAAACAAACGUAAAUUAUAUACCAACUUUUUUAUGAAAAAGAGAAACGCACCCAAAUAUGUGCAACUAGCAAGUACUUAUUUAUCUGCAAGUGACGAAUAUGAACAAUAUGAAUUAAAUAAAAUUUAA